AUGGACACAUUCAGCGAAUUAGCGGUUUUACAGACCAAGGUGCAGAGAGAUUCUGCAUAUAGUAAAAACUAUGCAGAAAUGCUUGAAUUAGUUAAUGAGCUAAACGAAAGACUACGACUUGCAGCCGAGCAAGGCGAACAACGGCAUGUAGACAGACAUUUACAACGAGGACAGCUUUUAGCCCGCGAUAGAGUGGAAUUGUUACUCGAUGAGGAUUCGCCAUUUUUUGAACUUUGUCCCCUUGCUGGUUGGGGUCGCGAUCGUAUGACACUUGGGGGAUCUGUUGUUGCUGGUAUUGGACUUGUCUGGUAUUUAUCGUUUAGCUCUCCUUUUGCUUGGAUAUACGUGUUUCCAUUCACAUGGAAUUUAUACAACCACCAUCAUGGGCUGCUAUAUUAUAAUUACAUCAGCGGCGUCGAGUGUAUGAUCACUGCCAAUGUGCCUACGAUGCACGGCGGUUCUUCUAAUGAAGUUAGUGUCUCUAAAGCUGCGCGAAUAAAUGCGAUUGCUUGGGAAAACCGGCUUCCCCUGAUUCAAUUGAUUCAGACGGGCGGAGCAAGGCUGGAUCAACAAUCACAAGUAUAUCAUCCUGGUGGGGCACAAUUCAGACAUCUUGCUGAAAGAUCCAAAGCUGGGUUGCCUACCUGUAGUGUAGUCUUUGGGAGUUCGACAGCUGGUGGUGCAUAUUCACCGGGCAUGAGCGACUAUGUUAUUAUGGUGAAGAACCAAGCACAAGUGUUUCUUGGCGGACCACCCUUAGUUCAAAUGGCAACCGGUGAAGUUACGGAUGCAGAGACAGCUUAUGCUCUUUUGUGUAUUUCUAUAAUCAAAGGCGUAUCGGACCAGCUGGCCCAAGAUGAACACGAUGCUAUCAGAAAAGCGCGCGAAUUUGUUGCUAAUCUGAAUUGGAGUAAACAGGGAAAAUUACCGAGUAGACAUCUAUCUCCUAUAGUCGAAGAACCGCUAUAUGAUAUAGAUGAAUUGUUAGGAAUAGUACCUGCUAAUUUGCGCAUUCUUUUUGACGCCAAUGAAGUUAUCGCGCGUUUGGUUGAUGGAUCACGAUUUACUGCGUUCAAACCUUUGUACGGACCAAAUCUCGUCACUGGGUGGGCAUAUAUUCAUUGCAUACCUGUUGGUAUUCUGGCAAACAAUAAUGUCCUUUUCACACAAGAGUCUAACAAAGCUACGCAAUUCAUACAGCUAUGUAAUAUGAAAAAUACACCACUGCUUUUUUUACACAAUAUAACUGGAUUUAUGGUCGGGAAGAAAUACGAAGAGGAAGGGAUUAUCAAAGCCGGUGCUCGUUUUAUUAAUGCUGUGAGCAACAGCCAAGUCCCUGCGAUAUCUAUAGUUAUGGGUGCUUCAUAUGGUGCUGGAAACUAUGCAAUGUGUGGGAGGGCUUAUAAUCCAAGGUUUUUAUUUUCCUGGCCCAACAGUAGAUGUUCCGUUAUGGGCCCGGAGCAGUUGUCAGGUGUCAUGGAUUUUAUUAUGCGAGAGGCUGCGUCAAGGAUGAAUAAAGCUGUUGAUGAGAAAGCCGCCGAGGCAAGAAGGAAUAUGAUACGAGCAGUCGUUGAAGAAGAGUCAGAUGUAUAUUGGACAAGUUCUCGCCUAUUAGAUGAUGGGAUUAUUGAUCCAAGGAUGACUCGGACUAUAGUGGGAUUCUGUUUAAGCGUUAUUUAUAAUACGGAUGUUAGGGGAGGUAAUCUCUAUGGCGUAAGCCGCAUGUGA